AGUUGAUAAUCCUAUUGACCAGUGCCUUCUGAGAGUAAUGAAGUUGCGUAAAUACCAUGGUAAUAUAGAGUUUGUACCUGCUCAUGAAUUUGAAUUCCAUGGUGAACCGAAGAAUGGGAGGGAAAUCAUUGCCAGUAAUGUUGCGAUAUCCCAACAAGGGCGAGAUGGAGAUGCUGAAGUCUUGCAUGGCUACCAGGGCCCUAAUUUUUGUUUUGAAGAUUCAGACUGGAGGAUUAUGGAAGGCCCCUUUAUAACGAUUAUGCUGGCCAAUUUGCCAUGGGUUGUAGAAGAUGCAAUGGCUGCACCUGAAGCAAAGUUUUCUGAUGGCUUCCUGGACUUGGUUUUGAUCAAGGAUUGCCCCAAAUCUGCUCUUGCAUGUAUACUAUUGAAGACAGCAGAUGGAAGCCAUGUCAAAUCACCAUAUGUGAUGUAUCUCAAGGUAAAAGCAUUUAAACUGGUGCCAGGCAACCGUGUGGGAGAUUCUGCAAAGGGUGGUAUCAUCGACGUUGAUGGUGAAGUUAUAGCUAGGGGUGAAGGAGUUUACAUGUGCGGUCUAGAAAGGGAUCCAAUGACUUACGGACCUCCGAUCUUACUAACGGUCGAUAAAGGUCUUGCCAGCAUCUUCUCUUCAAGAUGAUCUGUACAUAAAUUUUCUUAAAUUCAUCGCCAGUGUACAUGAAAAAUCUGAAGGGUUAUUUUUUAAUUUAAAAAGAAAUGAUCAUCUAAAUUGUAUCUAAAUUGUAUCUUCAUGCAUUAUUUUAUUAAGCUAUAAGAAAUAAAGUGGAAAAUGGAAGGGACAAUUG